UGAGGAUGGUAAAAAACGCUGGGUUGCCGCACACCCCUACUUCCACCGAGUUCUGCUUCGUCUCAUUCGAACGAUUCCCACAACGCUAGUACCUCGCAGAUCAAAGUCAGAUGAGAAAGUGACUUUGUUACCUCGACUGACAUCAGAUUCGUAUAACACUCUAAUUCACUAUGCACUACGUCACCGACUCUCCCCUGGCCUCGCAAGCAGUAUUCUGCACCAUAUGAUGCAUCUGCGGGACCCACCUCUCCAGCCUGAUAUUACAACGUACAACAUCAUCAUUCGUUCAGGUACCAUCCUUAGAAGAAAUGAUAUCAGCGACCAAGCAUUGGAUGCUUUGCGCCAAUUGAAGCAAAACGCCCAGCAUGCAAUUAAUGUGCAGCCUUCUCCGCCGAUUUCCCUCUUUACAGCGCCUGGUUGUAGUGACGAACCUGCAUCUCCGUCCGUCAGUGUAGAGCGAUGGCCUUCCCCCCAUCAACAGUCUCCGAUGCAACGGCUUGAUAUACCUCGCCCUAACAGCGCAGUCCUGGCCGAUGCACACACUUUAACCAGCUAUAUUCUUCACCUAACGUCCACGGGUCAACCCCAUAUUGUUGCAGAUGUUCUCUUUAACGUUCUACCUGAACUAUCGAUCAUCGAUCACCCUUCUUGGGGUUCUGCCACAGAGGAAGAAAGAAAAGAGAUGAGACGCCAGUCCCGCAAACAACGUCUUUUACGAGCCGUGUCUCUCGGACCUCAUUUUUUCACGGCUGUCUUGAAUGCCCUGGGGAAGGCAGGAAAAACAGGGCUUGCUGAACGAGUUUGGUUGCUAGCGAAGGAAGCUGAACGUGUGAGCUGGGUCCCUCAACUGCUUCCAGAUGUAAAGCCAUGGUGCCUGCCUGUACAUGCCUACACCAUAAUGUUGCAGCGCUAUGGCGCCGAAGCCCACCAAGCUCUGCGGAUCCGCCGGGCCAAAUUGGAUGACACAGCCCGACCUGAAUUAGCAAAUGGAGAGCAAACAGAGUGGGCUCCAAGGCUAAAUGCGAAAGUUCGUGGGUGGGCCCAAUUUAUAACUACGCGAAGAAGAGUCAAUCCAGCCAGUCGACGUAGACGUGCAAUGACCCUAAGCUCCAAUCUGUUCCGCACCAUGUUUAGCGCUGCAAAAGACGUAUACGGGGAACUUUUGAACCUUGAACAGAAAGGUUUCGAGAGCGUUCAGAUACCACGUCCAGAUGCACGUUUCUUCAAUGCGGCUCUCAGCUUAUAUGGCCGUCAGCCAGGCAAGAACGCUAGGUCGUCUGUCUGCUCACGUGCACACUGGAGGCAAAAACUUAGAGUAGCGAACUCAUGGUAUGCAAGACUUGGCAUGAGACCCCGUAGGUGGAAUCCUUUCUUGGCACGUGUUGUGGAAGAGAUGGUGAAGGCAGGUUAUCCGAUACCAGCAGGAUUUCGCCAUUUGUUUGUUGGGCACCAACCUCUUGGUUUCAUGCAAUUUGCGAAUCGUCCUCAACUCAACAAACAACCAUUUGCAUUCCCCCGAAUGCGGAGCCCGCCUUUCCGCCCUCAUGCUCUUGCUACGUUGAAAACUCGAGGAUUACCUAUUAAACGGACAAAUAGAUACACCUGGAAGAAAAGGCGACGGAAAACACCACGCGAAUGAAGCGUUCACCCGGGAUUCAUUUUAGAUAUAGUAUAUUAUUGUAGUAUUAUGAUGCAAUAAAAAAUAGGGUGGUUAUGAACUUGUUGCUGCUAGUCUUUGAAAUGACAUCACUGUUAUUGUCUUUUGAAUGUCCCUUUGUUUCCAUUCCUUCGCAACGUCCGACAACCCCUCUGCGAUGUCCCGAGCAAAGGCCUGCAUUUCUUGAGGUUUUGGAAGGGUUUGACUUUUCUUGGGGGCAAUCACUACAUCGACUCUAUAUCCCCUCUCUAAUUCCGAUCUGGCCUUCGCGAUUUUAUGCUGCAAAUCUGCAGGUCCAACCCCCCAUGUCAUCUGUAUCUCCUUGCGUUCCGACGCCUUCUGUCCCAGUCGAUAAUUUCGUUUUAUUUCUUUCCAUUUGUUAAACGACUCCUUCCUGUUCACAACCUUUACUAUGGGCUCCGGUUUUUCGGUCACAAGUUCGACCAGCCAUUCCUUCGCGUCAAUCGAAGCAAGCACGGAUGUGAGUGGUGCAGGAGGCUCCAGCUUCCCUGUUUCUGAGUUGACUAGUCUCACAGUAUCGUAUGGAAUCUUGUCUCCGAAUGUUCGUUUGACAGGGCCGCCAGCUGCCCUGCGAGAGAGAGACGACGAUAGGGACCGAAUGAAAAAUGGUGAUGUAUGGCAUCUGCACAGACAUGGUGCUGGUAUAUUGGCGCGGAGAGGUGCAAUGGUGCGGGAUAUCAGCAGAGACAUUAUCCUAACCGACUUUUGACCAAUUGGUCC